AUGGCAGAAGUCGCCGGCCUGGUUCUGGGCAUUGUGCCUCUGUUGGUCCAAACGAUUACUUAUAUCGACAGAUACAAAGACAUUAGAAACAGCGCACUCGAAGCCCCGGCAGAAGUGAGCUCGUUGCUGGCGGAGUUGGAUCUUAUCAGUUACAUUGUCGGUCGCGCAAAGGAGGGUCUACCUCAGGCCAAUGCUUGUGAUGAGUUCUUACUUCGUCAUUGUACGGAUUCUUUAUCUCAGCUCAUGAAAGAUCUCGGAGUGCUCAACGCGAAGCUUCAGGAUAGGGGUCAAAGCAAAUUCCGGAACCCUGUCAAGGUGCUAACCUUUCGGCAUUGGAGACCAGAGGCACAAAAGCUCCGCGAGAGCAUUCAAUUAGCAAAGAUCGACCUUUUCCUGCGCCCUUCGUCGGGAGAACAAAGACUCCUGGCGAAAUUUGUCGAAUCAUCUACUAGGAUCAUCGAACAAGACGAAGUUGAAGUCGAAGGCAAUGAUACUGACCACACUGCAAAUGCAGAACCAGAGCCCACUGCUCCAAGUUCGCCUCCGAGUCGCCAGAACCCGAGAGGAGCACCUCGGGCUUCGCAAAGGAUCAGGACUAGAAAACCGGACAGAUGUGCAGCUAACUCAUGCCCAUGUGCUUGCCACCGCAUGGUAGCGACAUCGAGAAGAUUUUGGGCGCUUGAAUAUUCGCCACUCGCGGUCUUCUUCCAGAACUGCGACACGGACACCUGUAGCACCACCAGAUACGGCAUAAACUUCAGAAUCGCGCUUUCACAGCUAGGAAUCGAGAGAGCACUUGUCGUAGAUUGUUUCAUUCUAUCGACGUUUAGGGGAUUUUCUCUCCGCUCAGCAUUCACGGUAGAGCACGUCGUGCCUUACACUUCACUUGGGUUUGAGACUAUUUGGAAGGUCCAGACUAGACAGAUUUCGUUCCGAGAAGCCCGAGAAACACUCACUGGCAUGUUUCGAGCCGGUCCAGGAGAAUUCCGCCAACAUGUCAACCCAAGCGGGGUGUCAUACAUUGAGGAGCUAGUGGUGGCUUUAUUCAGGAGGGUGCCCCUUGAAAACAUUCAUGCUCUUCUUCGGCUCUUCGUUAUUGACUUUGAGAUGACGCGAGGAGUAGAGCAUCCGCGGUUCCUGAUCAAGUGUGCUCAAUUGAUCGGUGAAGGUCCUCAUUUGGGCUUGCUCGAGUCUUUGCUCAGCCUCGGCAUUGAUUUGCCCGAGGUCGCCGGCAACGACUGGCCAGCACCUUGUUCACCAAAUUGGAUUUCCGAAAGCUUGACCCCCGAUCCUUUCUUCAUCGAGUACCUGGAUCUAUUGCGCAAGAAUAACCAAGGCAAGGAGCUUUCAUUCCAUCGGACUAGCUUUGCCGGAAUGACACCGCUCCACGAGGCAAUCUUAGAUCGCGACACCGCCGCUUUCGAACGAUGGCUGAAUCGAGCCAAACCUGACCAACAAAACAGUCUCGGACAGACUCCGAUCCAUAUCGCUGUAUCUGCGCCACAAUUUCUAAAUGCCCUUAUAGAAAGAGGGCAUGACGUGAACUCUGUCGACAGGCACGGCAUAACACCUCUCAUGUACGCCGCAGCAACAAACCAACUGGAUGCGCUGGCGAUUCUGAUCAGAUCUGACGCCGACCUCUUCACCGAGUGCAAUUUGAACCAGCGUACUUUUCUUCAUUACGCCAUGGCACGAGAGAAUUGGAGGCUUGUCCUUUCCUCGCUCAAGCAAAUCGAACUUGCAGCAGGACAAGACGUGGCUGAAGAAUUAUCUCAAACAACCACUAUGCAGUUUCUCUUCGACCGUUCUAUCAUGGCGAAUCCGAGCGUGGACUACAACGUCGAACUGUUUGAUCAGCUACUGACCCAGUGUGUUUCGGUUAAUUUCCUGUUCAAUGACCUUCACGAAGGAGUCUGUAACAACUCCCUGAUGCACGCUGUCAGCUCUUCUCAACAAGUCGAGGCCCUGCUACGGCAUGGAUUUGAACGCAUCAAUCAUAGGAACAACAUGGGCCAGAGUCCUUUGAUCAGGGCUGUCCAAAAAUACAACCCCGGAUUAGUUCGAAGCGUUCUCGCCGCUAGAGCUCACGUGGACCUCGAAGACAACUGGAAGCGCACAUCAUUGUAUUACUCCCUCGUGGGGUUAAAGCAUCAUUGCAUAAAUAAGAUCAGCAAUAAUAUGGCCAUUGUGCGUAUUCUGCUGUCCCACGGCGCCAAUGCGGUAUACCCGGACAACUGCAGAUGCCCAUGUUCCCCCGGCGGAUGUUUCCCAACUAGUGCACUGGCACAUGAACCAUUAACGCCUGGAUCGAGCCAGGAUAGACGCGUUCCUGUUUGGUCUCUAGAACUGCUUCAUGUUCUUCAUGAAGUUCUUGGCCCGAAGGAGGCGCGGCUCGUUCUGUUAUCUUUCAUCCGAAGGCUGAUUUUCGAUCAUCUUGGAAUGACCCACGUCUGUUGUCAACGGGAGGUCUUUUUUCCAUCGCCUUGGCACCCCAACCUGCGUCCGGACACGAUCCCCACUGGAAAAAUUAACGAGAUAAUCGACAAAGAGUCAGACCUUACCGACACGCUAGAAGACUCCAUGAAGCAAUUGGUCGAAAGAAGUUUCGACGAAUUACUAGUGACUUGGAUGGGAUUGACCAAGAAAUCCCUCGAUAUUGAGAUCAGCAAGACAGACGAUUACAAAAGGGGCCUCCCAAGGCGAAGUCGGGAGGUAAGUAUAGUUUUUCGCGAGCAAGCUGUUCAGGUUCUGAUCUGUCAAGCCCCCAUGCCACUUUGUAGUGGACCGGAAGAGAGACGAGUUUAUUGA